AAAGAUCACCCUGGAAUUGCAAUAGCAAUAAAAACUCGGCAUGCGAAUCGUGCAGUUUUGAAUCAAAUGCGAAGUGCAUUAAGCGAGUUGAAAGAAGAUGGUCUGAUAGAUGAAAAAGAGUACGAUAUUCUUCUUCACUUGAUUGAAAGUAAAAUGAAAGGUCUGUGGCACACUCCGAGCUAUAUGACUCCUCGAAGACCUGAAAUGGUAGUAGCAGAUUUGCAAUGGGUUUCUGGCAGUACCGAUCUGUUGAGUUAUCUCUUGAAACAAGCUACAAUUUUGCAAUUUGCCGUUGGGGACGUAAUAUACUCAGCCGGAGACGAUGCUAACGGAAUCUACAUCAUUGUUUCAGGAGUUGUGAAAAUUAAUUACAAGCCAUCAUAUGAUCAAAUUCAGGCGAGAGAGGACGAUGGAAUAAUCCCAAACGCCGAUAUUUUCCACGACGCUACAUUUGAAUCCGAAAUGACCGAUUAUUUCACAACGGGAGCAGUUCUUGGAGAGCUGGGCGUCCUUACAGGGUUUUCCCGAGCGUCCACUGCGACCUGUGAGACAGGAGUUAUGGUUUACCACCUGUCGCAAACUACUAUGCAAAGUGCGAUGGAGUCAUUUGAUGACCACUACGACUCGUUGGAAGGGCGAUUGUGGCGAACUUUUGGGAUGAAAUUGGGUGCGGCGGUGCUCCCUAGUGAGCCAGCUUUUCAAGCGUGGACAAUGGACAAAAUCAAGGCACAUUUGGAGUUAUCUGCUGUCCCAAUUGGGGAUCAAUACUUGACGGUGUCAUUUCCUUCCUUUAUUUCGGACGUCGUACUUAUAUACGGACAAGUUGUGAAUGUUACUAAUCCGACAGAGAUAUAUACUGCACCAUGCCUUAUUCCGUCAACUUGCCUGCAAAUUAGACCAGUUGCCAAAUGGCAAGUGAGACCCAGAGUAAUGAUUAUUUCUUCGGACGAUUUGGACAACGAAGCAACGGGAGAUGAUGAAGAAAACGUGUCUCCCAGCACAACUGAUAUUCGAAAUUUCAUGAUGACUGCCACAAAACCUGCGUCAAUUGAUGAGGAUCAAGUGAGUCAAAUGAAUCGUCCUUCUGCUGCUGUCAGCUUUGGAGUUCACCGAAACAGCACUGUAUCACCUGGUCGAAUGUCACGGAGACUAUCAAGGGCUCCGGAAAUUCCAAGCAACCAAGGAAGCAACAGGAGUCGCAGGCGACGCCAAUCUCGUGCUGCGAGAGGAGACAAUCCUUAACCAAAAUCAAAAAAACAUGUCGCAUAUUUUUUUAUAAAUCGAUAAUUCCCAAUUUACUAAUAUGACUAAAUACUUGCAUGCUCAUCAGAACAGAAAUUGAAUAACAGAAACUUAUGACUUGAGACGGUCGAGUGGGGUACUGCUUUACACAAUGGGUCGAAAUAACCAAAGUAUUACUCGCACUGCUUAUUUUUUCCAUCCAUAAAAAUGGUUUGUUUAAUUAAUUUAGCAUUCUCAUGUUAAUUCAGUCCUUGUAAAUAAAGGUUUGUCCUAACAUCUUCCAUGCAACGAAUUUCUACCUCUCCUAUGUAUGCAAAUUGCAAUACAGAUAGACAUUGGCUUAAAGUAUCACCAAAUAUGCUGCAUUAAACAUCAAGUAAAGUCACGAAUUACUAAUCAUUUCAAUUAAGCACUGAAUAGAACAGGUAUGUAGUUGUCCAAAUUGGAAAUAAUUAACUCGUACUUAUGCAUAUAUUGGCAUUAAAUAUUUUGUGGUGGGUAGUUGGCUGGCUUUAUUAUCAUUCUCGUCAUGCAAGCUGAAGAUGUUCACAUAAUAUUUCAAUUAGUCUGUGUUUGCUGAAAAUAAUGAGAUUCAAAGUAACACGACCUUCGUUGCUUGUAAGAAUUUUUCAUUGGCUAAGAAGCAUCAGUAGUUAAAUCUUGUUUACCAAAAGUAGUCAAUGUCCACUAAAUAGUUAAACAAUUGCAGAUUGCAUAUGUACAUAUAUACGAUUGUAGAAGAGAGACGACUCAAGGUGUCCGACUGGCCAUCAUGUUAGGAUAAUAAUAAUAAUAGUAAAAAAUAGUUUUGUGAGUGUAAAUUACUUGAAACUAUUAAUAGAUUGUAUUCUGUGAACCCUGAGGAAGGAUUGCUAAAUUAGCUGCACAAAUUUCCAUCACUUGCAAUAUAUAUAUAAAGAGGAAAUAUAAUGCCAUCAGCUACUUGUCGAAUGGGCCACAGGGCCCCAGUGUGGCUCUCUCUCUCUUUCAUAAUCUCAAUUUGUGGGGUUUUCUGCAAUGGAGCUGUACCGAUUGACCCAAGACUCCAAGCACCAUGGGUAGCGUCCAUUUUCAAAAAGAAUUCUGCAAAUAAUCAAUGGGAAUAUAUUUGCGGUGGGACUAUCACAAGUGCUAACACUGUGAUCACCAGCGCAAGAUGUGUUCUACCCAGGAUCAGCAAAAACGAAAAAUUGUCGAGCCGUCCUUACCAUUACAAUUAUGCUGAACUACAAGUGGUAGCUGGUCUAAAAAGUAUUAAUUUGGAUGCAAAAGAUCAGUUCACUCAAAUUGGACAAGUUGGCCAGAUUCGUGACCUAUUUGCCUUUACCGACAAUCCAGAUACUCCUUACAAAGAUUUGGCUGCUCUCCGUCUAAAGAAUCAGUUUAACCUCUCCACUCCUUACGUCAAAGAUGUAUUACUGACACAAUUUGGACAAACGAUACUCGAAGCUAAUGCUACCAAACCUGGGGAUACAGUGAUGCUGGCUGGCUUUGAGCGAAUUGACCCUAACAGCGUUGGCGUUCAGACGCGAUCCAAGACCAAUCAAACCCUCCAAGUUCGUCAAGUUGUGCUAACUGAUAUCGGGGCUUGCAUUAAUCGCUACCUCUCAUCUUAUGAUGCAUUUUACUUUGAUGUGCUCUGUGCGAAAGGAGCAUCUGAGAAAGAUGUCGUUCCCUGUAGGUUUGAAGGUGCUGGAAUGAUUACGCAAGGAAUGUUUGACCCAAAAGCGAAAAACUCCAAAGUAGAAUUUUACCUGAUGGGAGUUUACUCGUCUAAUACUGCGCUUUCGAAGAGUGAAGGAACCAUCAAAGCCAAGAACCAAGUGAAGCCUGAAGAUUGCACCGCAAACGAUGUCAUCUUCUUUACAAAGUUGGGCUACUUGGAAAGGUGGGGUAUUAGCCACGAUUUUUGUGGACACGACCUCGCCAUGUGUCUCAACAAUAAGUGUCGCCCUUGGGAAAAUCUAUGUGAUGGAACACCGCAAUGUGACGAUAAAUCUGACGAGACGCAACAAAUGUGCCAUAACCAAAAGCCCAAGAAAUGAUGGGUGUAUAUGCCUAUCAAUGAGUUGUUGUUACUGUUAAUUGUUUUUAUAUUUACAUACACCGACUUGUGUGUUAAUUUUUUUGUUGAUGAAUUCAAAACAGAAUAUAAAUGAUUUACCUAGAA